UGGUGAUUGGUGAACUGAAUGGCAAAAAACUGAAAAUUGAAAUUGAUGUACGAAAUGAUGACGCAAAAUGUUUUAUUGAUAAUUUGUGAUUUGUGAAAUUAUUUAAACGCAAAUUGCGUAUUUAGACUAUUGUAUCAGUAAUUAAAACAAUUGAAUAUUUUUUAGUGAAAAUACUGUGCUGCUUGCUGUUUUAAUUUUUAAAGAUUUCGCAAUAGACUAUAAUGACUCGGGUUUUACUACAGCUUUGUUUGAUACUUAUUUUUGAUAAAGCUGUGUUUGGUCUAAAACUGUCACUUGUAAGCAAUGGCCCAGCAGUGAGGGGAUCCAAUGUGACUUUUACAGCAACAGUCACUGAAUACAAUGGAGAGAACUUGAAGUUUGUGUAUUGGGAUGAUGCCCAGCCACAACACACAGCUGAGUUUAUUGAAAGUUCAAAUACAUCACAAUGGACUGUGGAGUACCCAAAAAAAUUAUAUGAGGCUCGAAGCUACACUGUGAAAGUUAACCUUAUGAAGAGCUUUUAUGGUAUAUGGUACUUGGUCACAACAUCAAGCACUAGCUUUGAAUUAACAGAUUCAUUAAAUGGGAAUUUAGUGCUUAACCAAAACAAUCUAGAUAGACCCAAUAGAUUUGUAGCUGUCAACAAACCUGUGCACCACUACAUCAAACUACCAGAGAAUGAGAUGGCAUUUCUAAAAGAGAAUGCCUCAACAAUUAUCACAUAUUGGUUCAUCGAUUGCCUGUACAUAGAUCAAACAAGCGAUUUUGCUUUGAACUACACUUACCAAGAUGUUAUGACAGACCAUUAUAUCGAUGUACUGGUUGUUGCUAAUAACGAACCGCUACCGCCCAUCACGACUACAACAACCACGACUACGACUACGACUACCACAACUACAACAACGACUUCAACCACAUCAACAACAACAACAACAACCCCAAAACCAAAAACAACUGCACCAUCAACAACUACAGAAAAGGAGAAUGUAACGACCAGUGCACCACAUAAUGUAGUAAAAAGAGCAGCUUCUUAUAAAAUGUUGAGGAAGGGUGUCCUCAAAGACUUUAUAUGCCACAAUACGAGCAUAGUGCCCAUUGGAGAGAGCUAUACUUAUGGCCAUUAUCAACAAACCAUCAGUGUUCGAGAACCAAUAUCAUCAGUCAACAUAACAGGCCUAAACUGGCUACAACACGGCGAUCUAUUAAACUUACAAGUGAAAUACACGGGAUCGCCACCGUUCGACUAUUGCGCCAUCUACAAGUCGGGGCAAUACAACGUGACGGGGAACGAGACCUGCGUGGUGAAAAGCACGACCCCGUCGAAUCUCAUCCCGCUGGUGCAUUACUUCUCUGAAGGCGACCAGCACACUGUAGUUGUUGUACUAGAGAAUGACAUAGGCAAGACUGUGUCGAGAGCUACUAUCAACAUUUAUAAAGCGUCCGUCCACGCGCAGCUGUCAGUAAUCGUGGUUCCGGUGGCGUUCUGUCUGGUCGCCGUCACCCUGGUGGUGUUUGGCAUCGCCUACUACCAGCAUCGCUCCAGAUAUACAGUGGAAGUCGCUGACUUCGAUUUCGGUCAACAACUUAACUUGGAUUAUAAAACGUUCACAGAACGCCUAAGAGAUAGUUUUCGGAACGCCUUAAGUUUUAGACAGCGCGAAGACACCGAACCCCUGACGUCCGACACUAGAUACGACUCUAUGACAUAAGAACCACAUAAUUUAUAUGCAUGUUACAAUUAAUAAGUCUUGCACUAUAACAUAUGCCAUAAAGAUUAUUCGUAUUUCGGAUAGUCAUAAUCUCUCUCCGGUCGUGUCGGACUUCCGUACCAUUGGGUUAAGAGCUUGACGGAAUAGAGAGUGCAGCUAAAUUUGCGCACACACUUGUGCACUAUAAUAUCUACCGCGCAGUUGGCUAAUCUCUAUAGAGAUUGGCUGCCGGGGCCGAAAUUCGGUCGAAAGGACAUUAAUAAAAUCAUAAAUCGGUCGCUCAAAAUUUCUAGUACGGUUUUAGGAUUAGGAAUUACCAGGUUUAGAUUGGUUUCAUAUUAGACCUAAUUUACUGCUUACUGUUUCCUAUAUGUAGAACGAAGUGGACAACAUUGUAUUAACACUUUGCGAGUAUGAAGAUUUAGUACCAUGUUGGUCUUUCAGAUCAUACUAGAAAUUUAAUCGAAUCAGAUAUUACAGUAUGGCAGGAAAGAUAACACAGCGAACUUUAGAAAGAGCUGCAGCUUUGGUUUUGUAUAGUGUUGUCUCUGUCGUUGGACUUGGUAAAGUUCGAUGUGUAAUUUUUUCCUACCGGGUACUGUACAAUAUUUCAUUUACAGUAGUAAUGAAAUAAAUGACGGCCAAAUAAGACUGGAGCCAAAAACUAGCGGAAUUCUGCGAGUGGACGGUAAAGUAUUUUUUUUUUCUGUAUUCUCCGUACAAAUAAUUAUGGCGUUCCCGUAAUGGUUCAUUCACACAGGUUCAACGUCGGCUAAGCCUUCUUUGGUUGGUCGGUGGUCAGAAGCUGCAUUACUAUAGAAAGUGUUUUUCUCUUGAUCAUGAGUCAUGAUCAAGAUUCAUGACUAAGGCACUUAAUGCCUCUUUGUACUCACUUGCUUGCCGACUUUAGCCAACAUUUGUCCUGCGUGUGAACAUACCUGUUUCAUUAUGCCAUGCUUCGGAAUUCCGUUAUAUUUGUCCCAGGCCUUUUAUCCCAGACUUUUAUGGAACAUUUCCAUUAUACUUACUUGUUCAGUUUGUUAUUUAGUACAUACAUACGUCAAACCUUAAUUUUGCACUGCUGUCUUUGACUACAGUUUAACACCACAGUUAACUGUACUAUUAACAAGCUUUUUGUCAUUUCAAAACAUUUUCUUUUUGUCAAAAGCGAUGGCAGCACGAAAUGAAAAAUGUUUCAUCAAACACGAUGGCAUAACUUACUAUAUUUUUUCCUGUGAAUAUGCACAGAACAUAAUCUUGAUUAAUGUAAAGCAAUCAUUCCAAUUAUCUUGAUAAUGAGAUCUUAUGAAAUUGGUAUUAACUAUUAAACAAUGUAAUUCCAUAUUAAUGUCCAUCCCCGGUAUAUCGUAGUUCCUACCUAAACCUAGCACAAGCGUGUUAACAUUUAGAAUUUUAUUUAAGAUUUGUAGUUUAAAGUCAAGAUAUUUUAAAAUUGAUAUAUUACAUUUACCUAAUCAAUUUCUAUAUUACUUAUUAAUCCAUUUAAUUAUGUGCGACUUUCAUAACUAAUAAUAUUAUCAUAUUAUGGGGUGCCAGUAUAGAAAACUGCGUUCGCUGCAUUUGACUGUUGGCCUGAUGGACCAGUCUACUUCCACACAGUAACGCAGGGAAUGUGUUAAGGUCACGCUUGCUUAUGCAUGAAGAGUACUGCUUAACCUAAUAACUGUGUGCCUCGCUCGCGUGGAUCACUGGGGUCAAGUCUAAACUUUUGUCACGGCAACAAGGCACUCCAUGGACGAUUAAUUCGGCAUAAGUUCCAUCAGUAUUCUUUUUGAUUGAUGUAUUAUCACAUAAAAUAAAAGGAUUUUAUAAUCAAUCUGAUUUUCUUUCUAGACAUCCGAAUUAGCACCAUUGUAUAUUACCGGCCCAAGAGCCCCAUGCGGUGUUUUGUUGGCGCGGUUUUUAGUAAUACUGCUUAAAACAAAUAAAAUAUAUAAUUGAUUACAAAAGACGAAUAUUGUUAUAAUAUAUUAUUAUGUAGUCAGUAGAUUGUAAAAUAGAACGCCUAAUCAAAAUUUAAAUUGUCUAGAAGCUAGGAACAAAUCUAGUUGGAUUCUGCAAAGACUAAAAAUAUAACUUGUUAAAAAACGUUUUUUUUUAAGUCAAAAAAUCGUAUAUUUAUAUGGAGCAUAAUGCAAUUUUUACUGUAUUUCAACAUUAUGCCCUAAUAAUCUCAAAACCUUUACGCAUAAUUAUACCUGUAUGAAUGUAUGUGUUUUUAGAAAAAAUGUAUCUAAUGUCUUCGGCGUUUUUUCGCGCAGAUUUUUCCAUCAUUCCUCUAACAUUUAAAAAAAAAAUAUGUUAGAUUUGAGUAGAAUUCAGCAUGCGUUUUUACGCUGACGGAAAUCUGCUAGAUUUGCCCCUGGCCUUAACAGGACGAGGUUUUGUUGUAUUGAUUUGUAAAAUUGCAACAUUGUAAUUAAAGUAUAAAUAAGGGUGAUCUCUGAUUGUAUCUGUCCCUGUAAAGUUAGGUACAAAAAGAUAUCUUUGGGUAUGAUGUAGGUAUGUGUAAUUUAUGCAGUUUUAUGAUAGGUAUUAUGUAAAUAAGCUUUAGGUAUUCUAGACUGACACAUGACGGCAAUAUAUUAUAUGCAUUUCUUUUUUAUUUACUAAGAUUUUCAUAUAAUAAUUAUAUUUAUCAUGUUCUUCAAUCAUGUCACUAUAAACAUUUUUCUAUGAUGUCGUUACUUACCUACAUUACAAAACUAUUAUUAAUAUAUAUUUGUUGCAUUGGGUGUUUCAGCUAUUUUUUCAUAAUACGUUUAGAUUUGACUAAGUUACGAAAAAGUGACACCCACAUGUGACUUUUGUCACUCUGCUUUCUCUCUUCACAAAAUUGUUAAAUGGUUUUGACGAAGAUUUUAAUAAUGGUUACUGUGUAAAUUGGACUGAACUCAUUUAUAAUAGUUUUUCCUUCCCACAUUGUAUUAAUAUAAUAUAAUACAUGUUAUACUUAUUAUAUUUAUUUAUUUCCUCAUGAUACAUGAUAUAUUUCCACACAAAGCAAGUAUAAUUAUUUAACAAAGUGAUCAGUCAUGUUUUGUGAUAAUAUUAUAAUAGUUUUAAUUAAAUAGAUGUACUGUAUUUAUAAUAUAUGAGCUCUGGGAUAUAAAUAUUAAGUAUAUUGAUAAAAUCAUUUCUGUAUAUUAGAAGCAGAGAGUAUUUUAAUUAACAACAGUAAUUUUACAAUUUUACUACACCCUAGUAUAUGGGAAAAUUAAUUAAAUUAUUAAUAAGUAUUUUAAUUUAUUUUGUCUCUAUCUUUUCAAAAUCCUAAAAAUCAUUAAUUGCCAAAUAAAAAAUUGUUUUUUAUUGCCUGUAUUCCUGUUUUCUAUUUAAACAUAAGUGGGUAGUCUCAUAAAAUAAUUCAAAAUCAUUGAAACACUGUUUCGUUCAUAUAAUUCUAGUCCAAGUAUAGCCUUAAUUUUUGGAAAAUCCAUUAUUAUUUUUAACUUUUAAGGUAUAGGUAUUGUUAAAUAAUGAAUUUAAAAAAUGUAUUUAUUGUUUUACACAUAACAUAAUUAUUAUUAAUGAAUAUUGAUGUAGACGCUUGAUAUUUAUAUCAACAAAUGAACGAAACCUUUGCUCCUCUUAUCUCAUAAAGAGUCUCUGUGCCUCUAAAGUACAGAAUGUUUGUAUAAUUAGUAGUUAUAAUAAAGUGUUACUUGAAAAAAAAAA